AUGUACCCUGAAGGACUAACCGAAAACCAGAAGCUAAAGGUGAAGGAGCUGUGCACGAUGGUGAACAUCUCCGACGAGGACGCCGUCAAAUUGCUCAAGGGUGAGUGUUUUCACACUUUGCGAAAUAAAACAAAACGUAAGAUAGUGGUCCCGGUAACGCCGAAAAAGUUCAUUAAAAAUCAUCUUCAGAAAACGAUUGGGACAUUGUGAUCUCUUCGCGACGCGUUUCAAAGCAGGAAGACAAGGCUUUGGUGCCGGGGACUUCUCGAGGUAUGCUCAGGAAGCAUUCUGAUGAGGCAGUGAGUCUUCGUACUUCAGAAGAGACCGAUCUGGAACGUUUGUCAAGUCGGCUUCGGGUGCACGGAUUAGCCUUCUAUCUGCCGGACUUUGGGGGAUUUCCGAACGAGUUCCGCUCCUUCUUGGAGAAGGAUCUCAUUGAGACGCAGACACAGAAACGGCUAGAAGCGUCCAGUGAGUUGUUACUUUGUUGUUCCAAACAUCAAAAAACAACUGUGUAGGGCAUCUCAACUGGUGGCAUCAGUUCGGCCAGAAGUUGUAUCCCCUUUCAACGACUGGAGACGGUAACUGUCUACUCCAUGCUGCGUCUCUUGGUAAGUUUUUCUUUCCCUCCCCCUCUCCAAUUUUUCACAUCUUCAGGUAUGUGGGGUGUUCAUGACCGACAACUGUCUCUGCGCGAAACAUUGUACGAACUGCUGACAAACGGUGUGAGGAAAGAGGCGAUUCGUCGGAGAUGGAAGUGGGUCGAACAUCAUUACAAUCAAGUAAGCAUCAGUCCCAUUGUAGAAUAGCAUCGAUUUGUCACUUCAAGAGCAACGGUCUCGCGUUAACGCUGUCAGACGUGGAAUGGCAACUCGAAUGGGAUGUCGUCCUCGGACUUUCCUCUCCGUUACCUCGGAAACAGGAGGACAAUGGGUCCAAUUCAACAGAUCAAAUAUACGAAAGUCUCGAGCAAAUCCACGUUUUUGCAUUGGCUCAUGUUCUGAAAAGACCGAUUGUCGUUGUAUCGGAUACCGUAAGUUUGUCGUUAUGCUGCAUUUUUGAAAUCAAGAUAAUUUUUUCACUUGAUAAAUUAAUUUUGUGCAGAUACUUCGUAAUGCAAAAGGCGAGGAGCUCUCGCCCGUGUCGUUCGGAGGUGUCUACUUGCCUCUCGAAUGCCCGCCCUCACAAUGUCAUCGGUCGCCGCUCGUUCUCUGCUACGACUCGGCCCAUUUUUCUCCGCUUGUGCUCAUGAGAACAGAGACUAACAACAAGCGUGAGUAGUUGUCUUUGAACAAUCGUUUGCUUUCAUUUUGGGAGCUUUCAGAGAUCAUACCGAUAAUCGAUGUGAAUCGGAACCUGCUGCCCGUUCAUUUUGCAGUCGACCCAGGAGAGAAUUUUGAUUGGUCCAAAGCGGAAAACGAUAAUGAAUUGGCGAUGUCUGCGAUGGAAAUGUCGCAGACGGACAAGCUCGCUCUCAUCAGUCAGUACAUGGAUAUCAUCCGUCUCGACGUCCGCAGAGGGUCCAUCAGAAGCACACGGAGAGUUCGAAGUGCCCACGCGCAGCUGACGGAAUCUCGAGAAAACAGGGACCCGAGUGUGCAUUCUGGAGACGAGCAGCAACCUCCAAAUAGUGCAAAGGGAAUGACACUGGCUUCGUCAGGAAUCGGAAGUGGGCGUGGACACGAGAAGUGGCGAAUGCUCAAUGAGAUCCGGACGCAUGUGCUCCGCACACUUCGAAUAUCGUCAAACAGUAAGGCCAAAGAGAAGUUGAUCGGGACGGACGACUGCAUCGCUCGAAUGAAUUCGACGUGCGUGCUCGCGUCGGAACUGCUUCCAACGCACCAUCAAUACAUGGACAAGAUAAUCAACGAGUACAUGAAAAGUGCGAAGCAGAGAUUCCAGCAGAAUCAGAGGACGACUUCCGAUUGCCGGAAAAGAAUCAGCCGUUCAUUCAGCGCCUCCUCUCUGAUGCUCACCUGUAUCGGGUGUGACUCGGUUUGUUCAUUUGAAUGCCUCUUGUGAUCAACUAAUUAUAUUUGUUCAGGAGUUCAAACCGGCGUCUCAGGUAACAAACAUCAUGUGUGAUCAGUGCUUCGCGUGGCAAAAAAUGAGUGUGCUCACAGCCACGUGCGACCAGUUCAUGGGGAACUCGGGGCCGCCGUGCAAGAGCUCCACCCUUCCGUCGUUCGGAGUCGACGGGCCGGCUGAAAAAGAAAAUAUCGUCGAAGUGCUCAAUGUCGUCUCCAAAGAUGGAUCGAAAGCGCUCACAAGGCAAGUGCUCGGAAUGAAAGACAUUACUCACGCGUUCAUUUCAGUAUGCGAGCAGUCGAGGACGAGAACGGAGUGGUCCACUACUAUGUCGACGACGAGGUGACCGACGCCUCUGACUCUUGA